AUGGGUGUCUUUGAUACGGUGGUCCUGACUGCCCAGUAUGCCGUUCUACUAUUGAUCCCCUAUCUCAUUCUGCUCGGCGGUUACCGUGUCCUAGCCCAUCCCCUGCGGCACUACCCAGGUCCUCCACUCGCCCGGCUUUCCGAUGUGUACGGGGCCUUUUACGCCUGGAACAGGAACCUUUACUUGAGGACAUACGCAGACCAUCUGAACUACGGCCCCGUUAUCAGGCAAGGACCGAACAAGCUUGUCUUCAACUCGGUAGCAGCGGUGCACGACAUAUAUGCCAAUGACCGAGUAUCCAAGUCCCUCUCCUAUGUGGCCUAUACCGUAAACCCCGGCAAGACCAACGUUAUCAACACCGUUAACAAGCCGGUGCAUCGUGUCAAGCGCAAGCUCGUUGGCGCGGUAGUCACAGAACGCUCAAUGAGAACAUUCGAGCCGACGAUGACGGAGCAGAUCGACAUCUUCAUCAAGCUGCUCCUCCCGAGCCCCCAGGGCAGCUCCAACAACGUCGUCAACAUGUCCACGCGAUGCAGGCACCUCGGAAUGGACAUCGCGGGGUACCUCGGGUUCGGCUACGCCCUGAAACUGCAGACGGACAACGAGAACCGCUUCCUGCUCCCCGGCAUGAACGGCGGGCUCUGGCGUCUCAACAUCUACAUGCAAUACCCAUCCCUCCGAAAGCUCGGCUACGAGAUCGUCGAGAUAGCCCUGACCUUCAUUAAAGGAAAGGGCUUCCUGUCCACGCUGACCAAGAUGAUCCAGGCGCGCCUCGCCCAGGACAAGGACGCGCACCACGAUCUGUACGCCUUCAUGGCCGACGCACUGGACGCCCCUGACGGCGACAAGAUCUCGCUGAGCGAGAUCUGGACCGAAGGCAUCUCGUUCCUGCCCGCGGCAGGCGACACGACAUCCGCGACGCUCAGCGCGCUGUUCUUCUACCUGUCCCGCAACGCGCACUGCAGACGCAGACUCGCCGACGAGAUCCGUUCCACGUUCGCGUCCAGCGACGAGAUCAGGGGCGGUGCGCAGCUCACGAGCUGCCGCUACUUGCGCGCCUGUAUCGACGAGGCCCUGCGCAUGUCGCCGCCGGUCCCCGGCACGCUGUGGCGGCAGCAGCUACCGCAGGACGGCGACGCGCCCUGGGUCGUCGACGGCCAUGUGAUUCCCCCGGGGACGCAGGUUGGCGUGAGCCACUACGCCCUGCACCAUAACGAGGAGUACUUCCCCGACCCCUUCUCCUUCAAGCCGGAGCGCUGGCUCCCCGCCGACGAAGUCUCCAAGGAGCCUUCUGCUGCGAACCGCGCGGCGUUCGUGGCGUUCAGUCUCGGCGCGCGCGGGUGUGCGGGCAAGGCCAUGGCGUACCUGGAAGUCGGGCUUGUUUCUGCGAAGACGUUGUGGUAUUUCGAUUUCGAGCCGGCGAGUGAAUAUGGUGCGCUGGGUAGGGACACGAAUGAGAUGGGGGAAUUCCUGCUUCACGAUGUGUUCACUUCGUCGCAUGAUGGACCUUAUCUGACUUUCACACCGCGUGGUGACCUGUGGAAGGAACUGGCUGGCCAGGGGCAAUGA